AUGUUUGUUUGGCGUCUGCUCUGUACCGUCGGGACUAUAUGUUGCCUUCUCAUCACUAACUGUCGUGGUGAAGGAGCAUGGCUGCGACAGGAUACUUCAUGGGUCGUGAACUCCACCGGCACACCGCGGGUCUCCAAUGGAGUGACAUAUGAUGCCGCAAAAGCCUUGGAUGGAGACACUAAUACCUACUGGAACGUCAUGGAUACCUGGCGGAACUACAACAACUGGUACAUCGUGCUGGACAUCGCAGCGCCUCUAAAUCUGACUCGCAUCGCAGCGAAUUGCAACGGAGACACCAAUCAUGACAUUGCAGCCUUCAAGUUGCAAAGUUCUCAGGUUGGGAGUCCAUACAGCUGGGAGGACGUUGUGUCUGUCGAUAACGUGCAGGGAGGGACGGACCAGAGGCAAGAGUUCGGCGGGUUCCAGGGAACAGCGCGGUAUUGGAGGUUCGUGGUCACCCGAACCCACGGGGGCUGGCAACCUUAUCUCACUGAACUCAACCUCUACAGCAUCUCGCCAGGUUGCCUAAAUGGGUACGUUUUCCAUCAACAUAGCCGUCGAUGCUUUAAGGCCUUCAACGACAGGACAACCUACAACGGUGCAGUCAGUAGGUGUUCUUUAGACGGGGGAACCCUUGCCAUACCCCGGGACAAUACUACCAACGAGUUCCUCAUCGAUCUAAAAAAUGGCGUCGACAAUAACGCUUGGUUCCGUUUUGGACUGACUGAUGUCCACCAAGAGGGAGUUUGGAUGUGGGACGAUAACGUUCCUCUGGGUGACUUCAGACCUUGGGGUCCAGAAGAGCCCAACAACGGCAACGGUAACGAGGACUGUGCCGAGUACUUUCCCGAAAGCCAUUCCAAAAAGAACACAUGGAACGAUGGACUAUGUACCAAGGCUGACAGGAAGUUCAUCUGUCAACUCUCUCAAUUAGGUUUUUGGGAGUGA